GAAAAAAAAUGUUUAAUUCUGUCCUCAAACACACCUCCUCCACUAUCUGUCCCAAAUACACACAUCUCUCAUCAAUACCCUGACCAAGGAAUUCUUCAUCCCUUCCUACUCUAUUCUUGCCCUCUCAUGACCCCUCUGGGUGUAUAUAUGACCCUAAGUGAGAGCCAUCUAAAGGGGUGGUGGUAUGAUGCUGACACAGCAUGAGAGUGGAUGGUGAGAAGAUGGGGGCCUGGCCAGUUUGGUUGGAUUGAAAAUAUCAGAAACAGCUACCAUCUCCUGGCAAUGGGUAGCUUUCCCAUCUCUGCUCUACACACACACACACACCCCACUCCCUAAAAAGCCACAUUUCAAUUUCUUCUACAGCGUACUCUCAACUAGCCCCGCCCCUUUUCUCCUGCAGAUCUAGACAUUUGUCCCCCUUCCCGGGAAUAGUGAUUCGCCUCCCACCCCCACCCCCCCCAGCUUUUUUGUUCCCUCCUCACGUCCCCAGCCGCUUCCAUUUCCAGGUCCUCUAACAGAGCCAGGAGUCCCUUUCCACAAUCCCCCUUUGAUGCUGUCUCCGCCCCCUGCCCCGCCCUCGGGUAGGGUUCUUGGGCUGAGGUGGGGGAGCAGAACGCGAGUUUGCAGUUAACCGCUACGACUGCCGCUACUGGCUCUGCCGCCUGGGCUUGCUUUCCAGUCAAUCCUGCUGCUGAGGCCUGGAGCGCCGCCAUUGGGGGACUGGGGACGCCCCGUGAACCCGUGAGGGAGGGGGGAUAGAGUGCCGUGGUGGACUGUCCGGGGAACCCUCUGCUAACCGGGGGACAGUGAGGGAGGAGAACAUGAGAGCCUGAGCCAUCCAUCACUGCCGGCAGCAGGAUCAACAGGACAGGUUUGGGGGGUCUCAGGAAAGAAAGUGGGGUGUAAGAAACCGCUUAGAAACGUGAAAGGGGACCCUGGGGAGUACAGAACUUCUUUGGGGGAAUACAAGAGUCAGGUUAAUUUGGGGAGCAGCAAGGAGAAAGUGGGGUACAACACUUUGGAAUAGCUGGCUGGAGGUCAAAUAGCUCCAUAUUCUGGAAGAUUACAUGAAGACCUCCCAAUAAUAUUGUGGGAUACCUAGACAGUUAGAAGGGACCCCUAUAUCUACCAAACCUUGACAACCUAAGUUGCUGGGGCUGGAAGGGCAUAUUUGGAAGUGCCAGGGAAGAAUAGGUUUAGCAAGGAUAAAUUUGGGGGGGAUACCAGAAACUAAGGCUUCUAGGGGCUUGGGGAGAUAGUGUUGAUUUGGCGAAAAGAGGAGGCUUAAGCCAAGUUUGUGGUUGAUUUGAAAAGAAUCUUAGGACCCUGGCAAAUGGAACCUCCCAGAAGUUCUGGACUAUAGAUUUGGAGAGUGAUGGGAAGAGGUAGAAGGUAUAUUACAAUCUGGGGGCUAAAUGGUGGCAAAGAGAUCCCCAAUUCUCUUUAACUUCUCAGCCACUGUUCCAAAUGUUGCUGCUAUGUGUGAUUUGGAGGUGCUGUAGCCCUGUUCUUUCUCAUGCCUUCUAGAUUUCUUGAGCUGACAAGGUGGAGCUGUGAGAUUCAUGUCUGUCAUCCCCCACAGUGAGUUAGGGUCUCUACAAGGUCUAGGCAUUGGAAUUAUAUGGAGAGGUGCAGAAAACAGGGGGCCUUGGAGUUACAUAGAUUUAGAACCAGGACAGUGAAAGAAAAAAAUUGGGGGCUAUGAGGAAGGGGAACCCAGGGAAUUGGCGGCAAGAGCUGGGCAAUCCCCAAGCUUGAAUCUGAUAAGAGUUCAAAGAUUCUCCUCAAGUUGAGGGGUGCCAGGGGGAGAGGGCAGUUGAAGGGACCCUUCUGAAGUAAACUUAGGGAGGAAGACUUACUGGGGUACUAUUUGACAGCAAGGACCCAGAGCGAAGAGGCUAGCAUCUGAGAUAAAUCUGGGGGUACCACCCUGUUUGAAAGGAGAUUGGAGGGUGCCUGUCUGGAGGAAAGGAGGGGUUUAGCGUUCAGCCUUGAACUAUCUGCCAGUUUGGAGUGUUUAUUAAUUGGGGCGGGGUGGGGGGGGUUGCAUUCUGGGAACUAGAUGAAGAUUGAAAGUCGUAUCCUAGUGUGAUACCUCGGUUCAAUUUGGGUUGUAUACCUCCAUUGUGAGAGUCGAGGAGGUAGGGGGCAUCUAGAGAGAUUCGACUGUCCCCUAAAGGGAGGGAAGGUGGUUGGAGAUGGCGGCGCUGGCCAGCAGCCUGAUCAGGCAGAAGAGAGAGGUACGAGACCCUGGGACCAGCCGACCGGUGUCAGCCCAACGGCGAGUGUGCCCGAGGGGGACUAAGUCCUUGUGUCAAAAGCAAAUACUGAUUCUGCUCUCCAAGGUCCGUCUGUGUGGGGGGCGACGGGCCCGGCCAGACAGGGCCCCGGAGCCCCAGCUCAAAGGCAUCAUCACAAAGCUUUUCUGCCGUCAGGGUUUCUAUCUCCAGGCCAAUCCAGAUGGAAGUAUCAAUGGCACACGAGAGGAUACCAGCUCCUUCACCCAGUUUAACCUGAUCCCUGUGGGUCUCCGAGUGGUCACUAUCCAGAGCACCAAGCUGGGGCAUUAUGUAGCCAUGAAUGCGGAAGGGCUACUCUACAGCUCGCCACACUUUACAGCAGAGUGUCGCUUUAAGGAGUGUGUCUUUGAGAAUUAUUAUGUCCUCUACGCCUCUGCCCUCUACCGCCAGCGUCGUUCAGGCAGAGCCUGGUAUUUGGGUAUGGACAAGGAGGGCCAAGUCAUGAAGGGAAAUAGAGUCAAGAAGACCAAAGCGGCUGCCCACUUUGUGCCCAAGCUCCUUGAAGUGGCCAUGUACCGGGAGCCUUCCCUACACAACGUACCAGAGAUAUCUCCUACAAAUGACAAGCCUCCAGUCUCCUUGCCUCCUGAAACAUAAUGUUGUCUGGGAGCACCCUUUCAAGUCUUCCAUCAAGAUAGCCAUACAGAUCCCAGAUUGAGCCAGUCAUUCUGGCCUCUCAUCCUGUUCCAUCCUUUCCUUACUACUCCCCUGCCACAAGCCAUAAAUCCAUGACUUAAAAUACUUCUUUCUGACCUUCUUUGGUCAGAGGGAGGACUUAGGGAAGACUACAAAAGCUAUGGCCACUACUUGGGGCCCAACAACUAUCAGAAAGAUUAGAAAUUAUCUGCAACUCUUGAGCUAUUGCUGCAGAGUCUAAAUUCUAUUAAGACCUUCUCUUUGGCAUUUUCUAUAUAAAAGGACCCUUCUCGGGGAUCUUGCUAUAUUUAAAAAAGACAUUGCUAUAUGCCAUUAAGAGUCUAAUCACCCUGGAUUUUUUUUCCUUUUCUGUUCAAGCUCUCAGAAAAUUUCCCCAGAGAUUAUCUAGAACCUGUGAGUUCUAGAUAAGGACAGACAAAGCCUUGGUUUCUAAGGCCCAAAGCCAUUCUUCUCCAUAACCACAAAGUCAUAGGCAACUAGAGCACAGCCCCCUUUCUCUUGCUUAUCCUCUCAGCCUUCUGACUUUGUUUUGGAUGUAUUCUGAAAUCUGGAUUCUACCCAGCGUCAAUUUGGCAUCAAAACCUGUAUUACAGUAGAACCACAUUGCUGAUAUUCUGAAUCAAUGAUGAUUAAUGUUGUUGAUCAAGAUGGAUUCUUGAUCUAGCUAUAGAAGAAACCCACACCUAGAACACAGCACAGACAUUGUCUUGGUCUCCCAAUUAUGCCCAAUUGUAGACUACCACUGUCCUAACCUCUGGCCUAGAAGGAUUUGGUUCUAGAACUGUUCUCAUGGCCAUUGGUUCUAGUUUGUAGUUGAAGUCAUCCCCUCUCUUUGGAUGGAGAUAGAGUCUGAAUACCCAUAUGCUUGCUCUAGAAGUUCUAAAUGAUGGAUCACACUUUUUCCAUAAAUUCUACUUGUGGUCCAGAGAGAAUUGCAUUAUAUAUGGACCAAAACCCACCUCCUUUUUUGUUUGUAGAAAUUUUUCUAAAUAUCUUAUUCUUCCAUAUAGAAAAAAAAGCAAAUCCAUAUUCUUUUAAAAUGUACUUUCUAAAGAUUAGGAUUCAAUCUCUCCCUAAAUAUGGGUACUUAAUAGGGCAAAUAAUGGGGAAUAAAAAUCGUGUUUAAUGAAACUUUGGGAUAAAGGCACUGAGAUCCAGAUACAGUGAAAGGAGGAAGAAAGAGGUGGGGGCUAUGAGAACAGAUUCUUGGAUGAUGUGGAAAUAUGAAUACUUAUGAGCUACCUCACCAGAGACUCCUUAAGGGUCCUCCAUAAAUAUCAUGAAAUCCUCAACGUCUGAGAUAGAAAGAGGAAAAUGAGACAGUGAGAGAAGCUAUUCAUGGAAGAGGAAAUAGGGAACCCUUUGAAUCAGCAAUAACCCUCUCAUGUUGGUUAGGUAAUGGUGGGGAAAUUCAGGGAACUUUGGUUCUAGAUCCCACUAAACAGAAUAGAAUAACCUUGGGUUUUCUAAUAAUUUUACCAGGAGAUCAAAAUCUUUGGUGGUUCUACCAACCCAGAAAAGCUUCACAUAUGACUCAAAGAUAGGCUGUAUGCCUGUUGUCCAAAGAUUUCUCUAAGUUCAAAGAGUGUCAUCACCAGGUUGUGUUUGAGGUGAACUUUUCAGCUAAGGAAAGUUUCAAAGUCUAUUUGCUAAAUUGUAAGAUUUGUAAUCCAUGUUUGUGGAGGGAGUGCUCAUACUAAUGAGAUCGUAAAUCCCUAAAGUGCUGAAAAAAAGAAUGUACAGUAGUUGUAAGUCAUGAAUCAACUAGGUUGACUGUAAACAAAGAAAGGUAGCAUAAGAUGAAGCUAGAACUAAACAGUAGUGAAAUGAGGAGUAUGGGGAGGGGACAGUUGUGCUUCAACAGCCUAGGAACUUCAACAGCCUAAGGGGAAAUUGGGGUGAUGAUGGGAGGAGGAGACCUAGGAACCACCAACAGGAACUGAGAGAACUGAAACCCACUGGGAAAGAAUUUAGAAGAAAUGGGGUCGGGAUGAGGGUUUAUCUUUCAGAGCCUUUUUCAACCUCCCCAGAUGGUUGCAUGAUCGGUAGAACCCUAAUCCCACACCACUCCCUACUAUCACAGAUACCUGCUGCUUGUGGAUUCUCCCUCUCUGGGACAAGGGUCCUUCCCCUGCACAUCCUUCGAUUAAAGACAAUUUGUACAAUC